AUGGAACCAACAAUCCCAUCAGAACCCCCUUCCCGCUCCUUAUCAGGGAAAGCAGCAAUCGUAACCGGAGCAGGCUGCCUCGGAGAAGGCAUCGGCAACGGCCGCGCCAUUUCCAUCCUCCUCGCCGACGAUGGCUGCGACGUACUCUGCCUCGACCUCAACCUAGAAUGGGCCAACAAGACCGUGGAGAUGAUCAACUCAAAACCCGGCCGCGGACGAGCAUUCGCACUUCGUGCAGACGUCACGUCAGAAGCAGACUGCGAAAUGGCAGCAGAAUGCGUACUUGUAAAGUUCGGACGACUGGAUAUCCUGAUCAACAAUGUCGGCAUCGGAGGCGCAGCUGGCACUGCUGUCGAGGUUGAUAUGGUGGAGUGGGCCAAGAGUAUGGAGGUCAAUGUUGCCAGUAUGGUGAUAAUGGCCAAGUAUGCGAUUCCGGUGAUGUCCCAGAAUGAGGGCGAGAUUAAGGGCAGCAUUGUCAAUAUGGGGAGUGUGGCUGGGUUGAAGGGUGGUACGCCUCAUCUGCUGUAUCCGACUGCUAAGGGUGCUAUUGUGAACAUGACAAGGGCUAUGGCGGCACAUCACGCGCCUGAUGGGAUUCGGGUUAAUUGUGUUUGUCCAGGGAUGCUGUAUACGCCUAUGAUGUAUGGGAAAGGGAUGAGUGAUGAGGCUCGUGAGGCUCGUCGGAAACGGAGCUUGCUGGGAACGGAGGGGAAUGGGUGGGACUGUGCUGGAGCUGUGGUAUUUCUAGCUGGACCUCAUGCGCGGUGGAUGACGGGUGUUAUCUUGCCAGUUGAUGCGGGGACAACAGCUGCAGUGGGGAUUGGAAUGACCAAGAGUGCAAGUGUCAAUGCUUAG